AUGGAGGGCAGGACAGGCCCGGUGGUCAUCGUCGACAACUACGACUCCUUCACGUACAACCUGAGCCAGUACCUCGGCACGCUCGGCUGCGAGCACGUCGUCUUCAAGAACGACGAGAAGACCGUCGACGAGCUCAUCGCGAUGAAGCCCCGCGGCGUGCUCGUGUCGCCGGGCCCCGGCGCGCCGGAGGACUCGGGCAUCUCGCUCGAGGUCGUCGGCAAGAUGGGCCCCCUCGGAUUCCCGGUGUUUGGCGUGUGCAUGGGCCACCAGUGCAUCGGGCAGGCGUUCGGGGGCAAGGUGGUGCGCGCGCCGUGCGGCGUGAUGCACGGGAAGGUGUCGCCCGUGACGCACACGAACGUCGGGCUGCUCGAGGGCCUCCCGUCGCCGUUUGGCGCGUGCCGGUACCACUCCCUCGUCAUCGCGCGCGACGAGACGCUGCCGGAGGACCUCGAGGUGACGGCGUGGACGGAGGACGGCACGAUCAUGGCGGUGCGGCACAAGGAGUAUCCGUGGAUCCAGGGCGUGCAGUUCCACCCGGAGAGCAUAAUUACUGAUGGUGGGAUGAAGAUAGUGGAAAACUUCAUUGCGACGCUGUGA